CUGAGAGUUUCAACACAAGACACAAGUAACAUACACAGAAGGCACACACGAGACACAAAUAACACAGGUACAAUAUACGAACAAAAUGAUGGCAUCUUCCAAACGAGAUCCACACAACCACUACAUGGAGGAAAGAGAAGCCUGGUGUCCGGAGAGAGUACUCCUGAAGGCCCGCUGGUUCAAAAAUCACGAUGGUAGUUGUGAGAUCCCACUGAGACAACCUAGUGAGGAUCAUUCUAGGGCAACUGAUAUCCAUCAGCUGUACCAAAACGACAUGGCCAGGGACCUGAACAUCAGAGUCCAUAACAAGGUCCACUGCGAGAGAGUAAACAGCCGGCUGAUUGAACAAAAGAAAGCAGAACAGGAAAGGGCCAAACAGGAAAAUUUUGAUUAUGAAAACAUUAUUCGGAAACAAAAUGAAGAAGAUCAGGUAAGAGAGCAUCAGAAGCUUCUGAACAAAAGACUCAGAAACCAGUCUCUAGCUCAAGCUCAACUCAGACAAAUUUCUGAAAAGGAGCUUAAGGAGACGAGACAGAAACAUCAGAAGCUGAAAGAGCAGGCAAUGUUCAAUGAGAGGAUGGCUCGAGAUGCCCAGGAGCUCAGCCGUCGGGCAGUAGAAGCAGCCCAGAAUAAGAAAAAGCAACUGAGAGCUCGUGAGGAAGAAAUCCUUGAAAAAAGACUGGACCGUGAGAGAGAGGCCCAAUUAAGGCAGCGAGGGGAGCAGAGAACCGAGCUUGCUCGUCUUGAAUUGGAGGAGAAGAGGCACCAAAGGAAGACUGAGCAGGCCGAGAAGUUCAGGCAGCUCCAGAUACCCAAACAGAUUGUUUCCGACCAACUGGCUGCCUUUAAAGACGAGCAGGCUAUUAACGUGUCUCUGAGAGAAAGGCAGAGACUCGAAAGGGAUGAGGCUUUAAUUGAGGCUGGACGUGCAAAGCAUCACGCAACAGAGGCGGAGAGGAAGGCUCAAGUACGUGAGUCCAUUGCAGCCCACAGACAAAGUGUGAUGUGGGAGAAGGACAACAAGGAAAGAGAAGAGCGUCAGAGGGCUGUGGAGGAACGCAAGGCUGAAAUUGCGAAACACCGGCUUUUCUUGGAGCGCCAGAGAUUGAGGGCUCAAGAAAGCAGAAACAAACACACGGAAAUGGAAAGUUACAAUGAGAUGAUGGCGUCUGCAAAACGUGCUCGCCUUGAGCAGAAAAGAAAGGAAGAGCACGAUGCUGUAGUCAGGAAGGCCGAGAAGGAACAGCGAAGGGACGAAAGACUCCAGCAACAUGUUGCUGGGGAACUUCAUAAGACCACAGAGGUGCUUCGCCAACACCGUGGCAGGGUCACCCAGAGGCCCUCCCACAGACUCCCGCCCUUGCACCUCCAACCCUGUCCUCCCACACAUGUCCCCGAAGCGAGCCCUAUCCACAUCUCUGCCACCGCCAUCCACCUCCAGCCCCGUCCUCCCACGCACGUCCCUGCUACCACUGGACAGUUCCUACGUUUUAACAAUCAGGGGUCCAAUUAUACUGCAGCACUUACAAAUGAGCAACUGCCCAGAUUAGACCGGCGAGGACAGCGUUGUAACCGCACCACAGUCAGUUAUCCUAAACAGACAGGCCGGCACCAGGCAUCCUCCUCAUACUCCCGCUUCCCCCCCAUCUGAAUACAUGUGGACACACACACACACACACACACACACACACACACACAC